AUGAAGCACGAGUGGUACCGCAGCGACGCCAGAGCCAGUGAGGUGAACCGAAUGCUGUACGCGUUCACAGACAGAAUACUGUGGUCUUUGUUCUUGGCCUGGUUUGUGUUCGCCUGCGCCACAAGCAGAACAGGUCCAGUGAUCCAGUUCCUCUCAUGGGAGGGUUUCCUCCCGCUCAGUCGGCUAUCCUUCGGCGUGUACCUGCUGCACUCACCCUUCUUCAUGCUCUCCCAUCACAUUGCCAGGGAGCGCUUGUUCUACUCCCACUACACGUUGGUAUCAGAGUGUUUUGCCGUCCUGAUCUGGUGUUACGUCCUUGCCUACGUGAUGCUCAUCGCCUGCGAAGGCCCCACGACCAACUUAGCAGCGUUGCUCAUUGCAGGCCGCAAGCGUAAGCAGGUGGAGGAUAAGAGCGCUGAGCUUGCCACCGGUCAGACCAAAGCCCAGCAAGCAUUGUACAAGGAUGCAAUCUUUAGCCCAACACGUGGAGCCUCUGCGUGCUUGUAA